AUGUCGGCCUCAUCUUCUUCUCCAUCUUCGCGGUUCUUCGCUGACCAGUUCACUUUCGCAUACCCUUUACCUCAGAGCGGGUACUAUUUCUUCCCCGCAUCUACUGGGCAUCUGCAAGUAAUACCACCCGCAGUCACAGCAUUCAACUCUAGAUCUGCGGUCGUAAUUCCCGAGUCAGGCCCGGUAAUAGGAAAAGCGGUGAACAUGAAUUUGGUACGGUCGCUCGUCAGUUCGAAGAGAGGGUCCCAGGGCAAUAGUGCAAGGGACUUGCAGAUAUCUCACCCUCAGAGUAUCAGCCAGCAGCUUUCGGUAGAUACAUCGCGCCCGACUCUUCAGGGUGCUAACCGGAGCUCGCUGAUCCAGCAGCAAUCCCCUGGUAUCCAAGGAUUCCAUGACUUCUCUCGUCAAGCGCAGAGGCAGUCUCAAUCAUAUUUCCCGCCUCAGGGUCAACAGUUCUAUCCGACACCGCAACCAAAUGGCUUUGCUUUCCCUGGAUCGGUCGGAAGUCCUACGGGUGGCCCGACCUCACCGGCCUUUAUGGCCGGGUCUCCAGGGUUUGGGCAGUUUCCUGUCUCUCCAGUUGAUUAUCCGACUCCUGGAGCGACUCCAUUGUCGACCCCUCGAUAUGUCCUUCCAUCUGUAGUAGCAUCCCAAAUGGAGAUGGAAUAUGCGCCAUUCGUGCGUCAGCAGCAGCAGCAGCAGCAACCACCACCACCACCACCGCCACCACCAGCAGGCCCACCCCCAGGCCAGCCUGACUUUUCAUUGUCAGAUCGGGAAUGGCAGGAGGCCCUCCAAGCACAAAGAGAGUAUGAGCAGCGGAUGGAACAACAGCAGAGAGAACAGCAGAUAAGGGAGCAGCAGAUGAGAGAACAGCAUAUGCUAGAGCAGCAAAGGAUGCAACAGGGGACACACAGGAACUCAUUUGGCGAUACAGAUGAUUUUGACGAGAGGAGCUUCUACGACGUCUCUUCUACUCGAAGAAAUACACAAGUUAGUGUAUUCUCCAACAAUACGGUGCUUCUACCGACAAAGUCAUUUGGCGAAUCUCUGUUGCAAAAACAACAGGAAGCUCGGAAACUUAGCAUGCCAGUGCCUCCGAAAAAAUUGUCGCCAGAGGAAGAGUUUUAUAGCAGCGUGAACUCGAACUGCUCGACUACAAGACUUGGUGUAGCUCAAUUUACCCCGGAUAGCGACACCCCGUUGUCUCCGGAAUCAAAAAUGCAGGAGCCCCCAAAGCCCAGAUCAUUUUCAGUAGAUGCUCUAUCGACAAACUCCUACCCUGUUCCAACACCCAUAUCUGAAUCACGAAAACCAAAGGACCCAACUCCAUUUUCAGUGAUCACGGGACGAUUCCCCAACUGGUUCAUCGAUGGAACUCCCUUGCCUGCAAAUGAGGAGGACGAUAGUAGCCAUGGCCCAUUGGCGAAGAGGAGACGCACAUUGAGCGAAGCUGAGAGAGAGUCUGAACAAUUCUGGGGCAUUUUUUACAAUGGUAGUGGACAGUGGUCGCGGAUGUGGUACCGGUUUCUGGAUGGUAUCUACGACUACUAUUUGCGCACUAAAUGCCCAGGCAAAGGAGGACUGGAUCCCCAAACUCUGGGUCAGAUGUGGGAAGAGAUGGGAUAUAAUGUGGAGGAGAAUCUUUAUGAAUCUCAAAUUCAACUUGCCCAAUCUUUGUUCCACCCAGAUCCGGAAGACUUCAUCUCCAGCUUACUCACAAACUAUUUUUCUUUGCUCAACCUUUCACAUCUUCUGGAACAGCCACCAAUUCAACCACCCCCAUCUUUCCUCCCCAAAUGUGUCAAUCCAACCCCGCCUGUUCCGAUCCCACUCCUCACUCGCGAUGGUUUCCAUCGCUAUUUCAUUCAUCAAACACUCCUUGACCCCACCAUUAUGUUCGAACGCUUCAACAAGCUUCUCAAAGACCGACCGACCGGCAUAGUAGAUCCAGAAACUAGCCUUCUUUUCGUAAGGCGGGAAACGGGAGGGCCGAUAAUUCCCCGAAAAAGUUUCCCACAUGCGGAAGACGGCACGAUCGAAGAAGUUGAGGAGAAAGUGAGAGGCUGGAUGAGGAGUUGGGUCAAAAACGAGGUCGAGGGUUGGGUGGGCGGCAAUGACGCCCCUCCGCCACCACAACAGAUGCAACCGCAUGAUAUGUUCUAG